UGAGAUCAUGUGACCCGGAUGUGUGUGUGUGUGUGUGUGUGUGUGAGAUAUGGAGAGAGUAGAGUAUACUCUGGGGUAUAUAGUAUUUACUGUGUGUGUUUUAUUUACUCCUAAUGAAUUCCGCUCCGCCGGACUGACCGUUCAGAACCUGUUCUCCAGCUGGAUCGGCAGCGAGGAUAUCGGCUUCAUCCAGUUCCACCUCCGGAGAACUGCCCUGACCCUGCUGAUCCACUGCGCACUGCCACUGGGUUACUAUGUGGGGAUGUGUCUCGCUGCUCCAGAGGAGAAUCUUUUCUCCAUCCAUUCAGCAAGUUCAGGAUGGCAGCUGUAUUUCGGACUCUCUGCGACUCUACAGCUCUUCAGUGUAGCUCUGGUGUUUUACUGGUCCAGGAACGGUUGGUCGAAUCAUCCGAUUUCUCACACCCUCAGUAAAUUCGCCCUCCCUCAGUCCAGCUGGAGAUCCGUCGCCUCCUCCAUCAACACCGAGUUCCGGCGCAUCGAGAAAUUCGCCACCGGGCCGCCUGAUGCCAGAGUGAUCGUUACUGAUACCUGGGUGAUGAAGGUGACGGUGUACCGCCUGCACGUCACGCUGCAGCAAGAUGCGCACCUGACCGUCAUCGACUCAAAACAGCACGACAUGUCCCCGGAUUCAGGAACUCCAGUUCAGAUCCUCACGCUCAGAGUCGCCAGCAUCAACCCCAACAUCAAAUCUUUUGAUAUACGCAGCAGAUCUUCUGAAUAUAUCUACACUGAUGGGCGUGGUGUUCUGGAAAUGAGGUUAAAUUCUACAGAGUACGCAGAGUUGCGUGAGAAACUGCACUCUCCAAUCAGAAACGCGGCUAACGUGGUCGUGCACUUGACUCUCAGCGAACUGUUCUUGGAGACGUUUAAAUCUCAGGUGGAGAUGAAUCAAGUUUACAGACACACAAGUGGACAGGAACUGGAGCCCUGUAUCGGCUGUAUGCAGGUCAGCGCUAACGUUAAGCUGGUGAGGCUGUGCAGGGACGAGGGCGAGUGCCAGCAGUGCUACUGCAGACCCAUGUGGUGCCUGGUGUGCAUGGGGAAGUGGUUCGCCAGCCGGCAGGACCAGACCCGGCCCGAGACCUGGCUCAGCAGCACUGUGGCCUGCCCCACCUGCAGGGCUAAAUUCUGUGUGCUGGAUAUCUGUCUGGUAGAAUAAAUACAUGCUACCCACUGAUCUACAGAGAGACAUUUAUACAGUUAUAAAUUUAUAAUAAAAAAACAUGUAAAAUAAACCUGUUUUCAAACCUACAAGUCGUCUACAGACAAAUAAAAACUGUACAGAUAUAUUUGCCAUUAUAUUUUCUGAUCCUCCUUUCUGAUCUGGAAAUAUUUGAUAAAUAAUGAAUCACUUGCUGCUGUGCUUGCUUCUGAUUUUGUAAAAACUGGAAACAUUUUAAUAAAUAUUAUUAUGAUAUGUGA